AUGUCGCCGCCUCGCCGCAGCGCCAGCAGCAGCAGCUCGGGCAAAGGCCGCGGGGGGCGCGGGGGACGAGGCCCCGACCGCCGUCUCCUCGUCGCCAGCGACAGCGCCAAGAAGCGCAACAGCAGCAGCAGCAGCAACAGCAGUAAUAGCCCCAGCACCAGCCACAAGCGCAGUGGACGAGGGGGGGCGUUCCCCGCUGCUGCCGCCGCGUCCACUGCCACGUACGCGCGGCCCAUGCGCGCCGUGACGACCGUCUUGAAGAAGCUCGUGGUGCGCAACAUCCCGCCGGCCGCGUCCGAGCCCGAGGUCCGCGACUUUUUGCGCGCCCACGGCGUCGACCUCGAGUUUGUGUGGCUCUUUGUGCCUGGCCGCCAGCGCAGCACCAAGCGGCCGUCGACGCCGGGGCGGCUGUACUUGGACAUGAAGAAAGAGCCCGAGAAGGCCACGAAGAUCAUUGCUGCGCUGCACGGCCAGCCGUUCGCUUCCGACGCCGUGGAGAAGGACGUGGCCGCCAAGCCACUGGACGUGGAGUUUGCGCCGUUCCAGCGGAUCGCGCGCGAAAAGCAGCGCAGCGACGCCAAGACGGGCACGAUCGGCCGCGAUCCCGACUAUAUGGCGUUCCUGGAGGAGCUGUCGAGGCCGAAAGACAAACUACCGAGUGCUGAAGCAGUCGUCGACAUGGCCGAGGGCGAGACGGUGGAGAAGCCAGUGGCGGCGCUGGUCAAGUACCUGAACGAACGGAAGACCCACAGUCGUGAAAAGGGCAAAGGGAAACCGGGAGGCAAACCGCUUGAGAAGAGCGAGCGUCGGCAGAAAGGAAAGAAAGAGGUCGCCAGGAAGAAGCCCACAGAGGACAAGCUCAAGCCUUCGAAAGACCGCCAAAAGAAAAGUAGCAGUGACGCAGCUGGUGCUCAAGACCCUAAGAACCGCAAGCAACGCGGAAAAGCGUCUCCGAAAAAGGGCCCGGCGAAGCAGGAACCGCUCACAGCAGAGCCUGGCGUGCUGCGUAUCAUGACUCCUAAGCCUGGUGCUGCCGCUGUUGAUGCUGCUUUCACUCCCGCGAUCACGGCAAGUGGGCGUGCACUCUCUACCAAUGCUCCCAUGGAAUGUGGAACGGAGAAGCGUGCGCCUAAAAGCGGCAAGAAGAGUGGCGGACGUGGACGCAGCAACGUGAAAAAGGCGGUUGAUGGGGUCAAUGUGGCUACUGGCGAAGGAACUAGUUCGAAGCCUCCUUUGCGUCUCAAAGGCAAGAUUGGCAGCAAGAAGGAGCCGGGUAACAAGGGCGAACGGAAGACAAAAGUGUUUGCGCCGAAGGACUCGACGUCGCAAGGCACACCUUCCAAAAGCUGA